CUCUCUCCCAGUUCAGUGAAGUGGGUUUGGGUGGCGUCAGAUCGCGGGAAUAGUUGCGGCGGUGGUCGCGGCACCGCGGAUUGUAAGUUCAAGCAACGGUUUCCACGAAGGGAGGCACAGGACAGCUGCAGCCGUUUUCGGUUUCUCGUUGAGUUAUGCUUUCAAGGCGUAAUAGUAUUCGGGGUCGUGGCAGUGUUGUGGAUUGUGCUCGGACGUCGGAGGUUGUGGGAGGAGUUUGUCUUGUUUUCCUUCUGAUUUCUUUUUGUGUUCUUAUGCGUUUCAGCUCUUUAAUCGGGGUUGUUUGUACCACUGGUGGAAAAUGCGGUCAGGGUGACAUUGGGGUGGGUAUUGUCUGCUAAAUUACGGGAAUUGAGACAGCGUGGUACAUUUCAAAGGCGCUAUGGCAGAGUACCUGCUGCAUGGAACUUUGCUAAUCAAAAUCUAUGGUGCUGAGGAAAUUGUGACACAAGAUCGCAAGACGGGUAAAGCUCCUGGGUUUAUCCGAAUGGUUGUUCAGACUUCGGAAAACUUACUCGGAUUUGGGAAAGGAUACAGUCAAUAUUACGCUACCGUGGACUUGGGAAAAACUAGAGUUGGGCGGACGCGUGUUCUAGAAGGUAAUUUCAAAGAUCCGGAAUGGAACGAGACAUUCAGCAUCUUCUGCGCACACACUGUCUCUCAUCUGGUGGUUUCCAUCAAGGAUGCUGCUGUUGUGGGUACUGCUGUGAUUGGCCGAGCACGCAUUCCCGCAAUCGAUCUCCUCUCAGGCAAACAAAUCGAAGACUGGUACCCUCUUCAUAGUGACUCAACUGGUCAUCUCGAUGGUGCACGAUUACGGUUUUCUGUACAGUUUACUAGGGCUAUUGAAGACCAAUAUUGGGGGAAGGGUAUUCUAGAUCGACAGAAUCCAGGUUUGCCGUUUAGCUAUUUUCCUCAAAAAAAAGGGUGCCGGGUUACACUGUACCAGGAUGCUCAUGUGACCGACAACUUCCUACCUCCUAUUUACCUGGGCCACGAUCAGAUUUACCAGCCAUGUCGUUGUUGGGAAGAUAUGUUCGAUGCAAUUCACAACGCAAAGCAUAUAAUCUACAUCACAGGUUGGUCAGUCUACACUGAGUUCAAACUUUGUCGAGAUCCUCAGAGAGUGGUGCCAGGUGACGAGGGCUUGACUCUGGGAGAACUGUUAAAGAGGAAAGCUGACCAGGGAGUGCGAGUGAAUUUGAUGGUAUGGGAUGACCGAUCCUCGAAUUGGGGAAUAAUGGGUCAAAUGGCCACCCAUGAUGAAGAGACAGCGAACUAUUUCAAAGGCACCGGAGUAAAUUGUUUUUUGUGUCCAAGGAGUGGUUAUAGCAAAUCGACUGUACUGCAGACAGUAAAAACUGUAGUAAUGUUCACACAUCAUCAGAAGUCCUUGAUCGUUGAUGCAAGUAUGCCAAGCGACUGUAUCACAUCGCAAGAACGAAGGUUGGUAAGUUUUGUAGGAGGAUUGGACCUUUGCGAUGGUCGCUACGACGAUCAGUACCAUUCUUUGUUUCGUACCCUUGACACGGUGCACAGCACGGACUUCCAUAAUGGUGGCUUUGCAGGUGCUUCCAUUGAAUAUGGGGGACCUCGUGAGCCUUGGCAUGACAUACAUUGUAAACUGGAAGGCCCAAUUGCUUGGGAUGUUCUCUACAACUUCGAACAGAGAUGGAGAAAACAGGCUGGAGAGAGUUUAGAGCAUUUGCUUUCUCCUGAUGCCAUUGAGCGUGGCCUACUUCCUAUAGCUGUCACACUUGAGGAUGAUCUCGAAACUUGGAAUGUACAACUGUUCCGCUCCAUAGAUGCAGGUGCUGCUUUUGGUUUUUCAGAUGAUACUGAAAAAGUUGCAAAAUUGGGCUUAGUAAGCGGGAAAGAUAACACCAUCGACCGAAGUAUUCAGAACGCCUACAUCCAUGCCAUCAGAUGUGCAAAGAACUUCAUUUACAUAGAGAAUCAAUACUUUGUGGGCAGUAGUUUUGGCUGGGAUUCCAGCCAGGAGGUUGGGGCUAACAACCUUAUUCCCAUGGAGCUUGUUCGGAAGAUUGCGAGUAAAAUUGAAGCUGGCGAACGAUUUUCGGUUUAUAUUGUGAUACCUUUGUAUCCUGAAGGCUAUCCUAGCGGUGACGCUGUCCAGGCAAUUCUGCGAUGGCAGCAAAAAACGUUUCAAAUGAUGUACAAAGAGAUAGCAAAUUCAUUGCGUUUAAAAAAGAGAACUGACCUGCACCCCAAGGACUAUCUUAGUGUGUUUUGCUUAGGAAACCGCGAGACUAUUCUGCCGAACGAAUAUGCACCAACGAGCACACCUCAGGACUUAUAUUAUAAAUCUGCCCAAGAGAACCGUCGUUUCAUGAUUUAUGUGCAUUCAAAGAUGAUGAUAGUGGAUGAUGAGUACAUCAUAGUGGGUUCUGCCAACAUCAACGAGAGAUCCCUGAACGGUUCGCGUGACUCCGAAAUUGCCAUGGGAGCUUACCAGCCAUAUUACCUUGCAACGAACAGCCCCGCAACUGGUCAGAUCCAUGGUUUCCGUAUGGCGUUGUGGUUUGAACACAUGGGUUACUUAGACAAUUACUUUCUGCACCCAUCGAGUUUGGAGUGCAUUCGCAAAGUGAAUCACCGGGGGGACGAGCUUUGGAGUAUGUUUUCUCAAAAAGAUGUGGUUGAUCUCCCUGGACAUCUCAUGACGUAUCCAUAUUCUAUAGGUCGUGAUGGAUCCGUUUCAGAGCUACGUGAUGCUGAAUACAUUCCUGAUACCACUGAUGCCAAAGUAUUUGGUCGCUCGUCGUACAAGCUCCCUGUUACGAUAACUUCUUAAAAUUUUGUUCCUUUUAAAGCAUGUAUAUUGUGCGGGUUCAUGCCUCUGGCUUCAAGUCCUUUCAUCAUCAAAGCAUUCUACACAGAAGUAGCGGUACCAGAUUUCCCUCCAGUUGUGGGGACCUUUAAAAGCAGGCUUGAGAUUCGGAAAUAGUUCAAUUGGUGUAAUACGUGAGGAUGCACUGUUCAAACCGUUAGCCGCAUGUAGUCAUGCCAAGUAGCCGGCUGCAUUACCUGCUUAGCUGGGAGUAACGGAGGUAACUUGAGGAGGUUGGUAGUGUUGAGUUCUGUUUGACUAGGACCAAAACUUUGCUUCUUCCCUCAACUGCUUCAGCAACUUAGUUCUGUACAAUGUAGGCUUGUGAAUACGAAUAGAGUUUGUGAAUCAAGGCCACCAGGUUUUAGGUUGCUGAUCCUGAUAGUUGCUGCAGCUCAAAUUGCAUAGCACUCAACAAUGUAUCUUGCCAAAAUGUUGUGUGCCCUCGACCACUAGCUGUAGGAUAUUAUUGAAAUGCUUAGACAAGUGUUUCAUAAGUAUAUUACUUUACAUAUUAUUUCAUAUACUAGAAUCACCCCAUAUUUACUAAAUUUUUUAUCCAACCAGAUUCAUUCCUCCA